ACACAACGUGCUUAUCAAAAACGAGUUCUUGAUGGGCUAGUGGAUAUGGUGAAGGGGGAUGUUCAUCAGUCAAAAUCCAGCGGCAAAUCACAAUUGACCUACCAAGAGUUUCACAUUUUUGCUAUGUGGGGAGCUGUUACCCAGAAAAAAUAAUGCUCAAAGCUAUACAGAUUGUGGGUUCAUCUUCUGGGUUUGCUUCCUAUAGAUUUAGAAAGCCUCAACCCAAUUCUGCCUUCUCCUUAAUUUCGAGAAAACCCAUUCUCACAACAUCUGAAACUUUGUUAUUGCCGGCUUCUCAACUACAUAGUCACAAGUCCUGUUUUAGAGAUUUUCGAAUGUCUUCAACUCAUUCAAAGUCAUCCUCUUCUUCAUCUGUUGCAGUCCAGUCAACUAUUUUGCAGGGAAACAUUCGCAAGAUCAACUUCUGCCAGUUUUGCGGGGGCCCAAAUAAGCAUGAGAUACCUGAUGGUGAAGAAAAGGUGAGAGCUAUCUGCACUCAUUGUGGGAAGAUUACAUAUGAGAAUCCAAAAAUGGUUGUUGGUUGCCUUAUUGAGCAUGAUAAGAAGAUAUUAAUGUGCAGGCGCAAAAUUCACCCAUCAUAUGGACUUUGGACGCUCCCAGCUGGCUAUAUGGAGAUUGGUGAAUCUGCUGCUGAGGGAGCAAUUAGGGAAACCUGGGAAGAGGCAAAUGCAGAAGUAGAGGUUCAAUCACUUUUUGCUCAAUUGGACAUCCCUCUUAUAGGACAAACGUACAUGAUUUUUUUGGCAAAACUGAAAAAUCCCCACUUUUCACCUGGUCCAGAAUCAUCAGAAUGUCAGCUUUUUGAACUUGAUGAUAUUCCUUUUGAUUCUUUAGCAUUUUCAUCAAUGCUAGUAAGCUUGAAUCUGUACAUAGAAGAUAUUAAAGUUGGAAGACCGAAGUUCCAUUAUGGCGUCAUUAACAAGAGAACUCUGGAUGUGAUGAGCACCCAAGACUGCAACCCAGCUGUCAAUGAGGUGGGAGAAAACCUUGGUGACCAGGGAUCAAAUCCCAACAAAGACAAACAAGGCCUGGAACAAGCCCUUCUGAUAUCCAUGCUUACACUCUGGAUUUUCAUAUGCAAUCCUGAGAAGCAGAUACAAUAUUUUCAAGCACUAGAAUGCGGUUGGUAUGUUCGUCAAGACUGAAACAGCUCCGGUGUUUUCAUCAAAGCUUUAGUUGUGUACUUGUGGUGAUAGUUCCAUUCUUUCUAAUCACUUAUCUAGUAGUAAAAAGUCUUCCUGAUUUGAGUUGUUCAAAAUUGACUUAUGAUGUGUGCAGACUGAACUUAUAAGAUGGGACACAUCCACAUUCAAUUCAUUAUCAGAUUAACAUCGAUUGUGACAACUGA